AUGAAUGAUCUGAUGACCAAAUCCUUCACAAGUUAUGUCGAUCUAAAGAAAGCAGCCAUGAAAGAUGCAGAGUCGGGCCCGGAUCUGGAGCUGGGCAUGGCCCGAUUGGACCAAAACCUGACUGCGUUCUUGGAGGAGGCAGAGCAAGUGAGGAAAGAGAUGGAGUCCAUCAGGGAGAUCCUGGCCCGAUUGGAAGCCUCCCACGAGGAGGGCAAGGCCCUGCACAAGCCCCAAGCCCUAAAAUUGAUCAGGGCCCGCGUCAACAGUGACAUCCUGUCCGUCCUGAAACGGGCCCGGGCCAUAAGGGCGAAGCUGGAGGAGAUGGACCAGGCCAAUGCGAGCAAUAGGAGGCUCUCGGGCUGCAAGGAGGGAACCCCUGUCGACCGGGCCCGAUUUGCUGUGACAAACGGGCUGAGGAAGAAGUUGAAGGAGGUGAUGAUGGAUUUUCAAGGGCUGAGGCAGAGAAUGAUGAGUGAGUACAAAGAAACUGUGGGGAGAAGGUACUAUACCAUUACUGGGGAGUAUCCGGAUGAGGAAGUUCUUGAAAAGAUUAUCUCAAAUGGGGGUGAAGACUUGUUGUCCAAAGCAGUUCAGGAACACGGGCGGGGGAAGGUGGUGGAGACGGUGGUGGAGAUACAGGACCGGCAUGAUGCUGCCAAGGAAAUCGAGAGGAGCCUUUUGGAGCUUCACCAGAUAUUCUUGGACAUGGCAGUGAUGGUGGAGGCACAAGGAGAGCAGAUGGACGAUAUCGAGCACCAUGUCAUGAAUGCGGCCCAUUACAUUGCUCAAGGAACCAACAACCUUAAAGUUGCCAAGGAUCAUCAGAAAAGCAGCAGAAGGUGUAUGUGCUUAGGGAUUGUGCUUUUGCUGAUCGUCGUUCUUGUUGUGCUCAUCCCCAUUCUCGUUAGCUUCAGCCAUUCUUGA